AAGAGAGGUGCGCUGGGGCGGCUGGAGCGGUUCCCUCGCAGGCGGCGCCAUUUUGUGCUAGGAGCCGAGGUAAAUCCGGCUGGUUCUGUGUGAAGUGGGCGGCGGAGCCAGGGUCCCUGGAAUGGCGGAGACUCUGUCAGGCCUAGGCGAUUCGGGUGCGGCGGGCGCAGCGGCUCUGAGCUCCGCCUCGUCGGAGACCGGGACGCGGCGCCUCAGCGACCUGCGGGUGAUCGAUCUGCGGGCGGAGCUGAGGAAACGGAAUCUGGACUCGAGCGGCAACAAGAGCGUUUUGAUGGAGCGGCUGAAAAAGGCAAUUGAAGAUGAAGGAGGUAAUCCUGAUGAAAUUGAAAUUACCUCUGAAGGAAACAAGAAGACAUCAAAAAGAUCCAGCAAAGGGCGCAAACCAGAAGAAGAGGGUGUGGAAGAUAAUGGGCUAGAGGAAAAUUCUGGGGAUGGACAGGAGGACGUUGAGACCAGUUUGGAGAACUUGCAGGACAUCGACAUGAUGGAUAUCAGUGUGUUGGAUGAAGCAGAAAUCGAUAAUGGAAGCGUUGCAGACUGUGUAGAAGACGAUGAUGCUGAUAAUCUCCCAGAGUCCCUGUCUGACAGUAGAGAGCUAGUCGAGGGAGAAAUGAAGGAGCUUCCUGAGCCGCUGCAAGAACAUGCUGUGGAGGACAAAGAAACUAUAAACAAUUUAGAUACUUCAUCAUCUGACUUCACUAUAUUACAGGAAAUUGAAGAGCCAUCCUUGGAGCCAGGUACUGUUAAAUGAAAGACUUACCAGCGGGGGUUUGGAACCAUUCUAGUUUUCCACCUUUUCUAAUUUGAAUUCUUUAAUUUUAAAAAGUUACCUUACUGUAGUAUACAUUGUUCUAAAGGUUUACGAUCCAGAACAUACCAGGAUCAUAGAGAUUGGAAACCCAGCCAUAUCACCAGAUCUGUGAAAGUGGCUAACUUCUCAUUAUGCAAAAUGUAUUGGUGAGAUGAAACUAUCUCAUGCCUUGUUAAAUGUCAGUGGCACUUAAACUUACGUAGAGAGAGUUUUGCAUGUCUCUCAAGAGCUAAUCCCUCUGUACCCCACAAAACAGAUCUUGUGAUAUUGGGCAGUAUCUUAACUUUGUGGUUUUUAAUUCAGGCAGUGCAGGCAGUGGUAGGGAGAUACGUUUUAAAACAUUGAGACAUAACUGGAUUCCAGAAGAGGAAAGAGUUUCUUCAUGAGAAUUCCAAACAAAUACUAUUCACUUUCUGGACUGCAAAUAUCUCAGAGCACCGAUGGAAGAGAUUCUGGUUUUCAUGUUGGACUGUUCUGUUAAAAGAAAUUCAAAGAAAUUUGGAAAUUGAGCUGUUCAGUGAAUGGUGAUACAUUGAGUUAAGCAACUUGGACUUUGGAAGCUAAAUUUGGAAGAGUCAUAUAUAACCGACGACAGAAUGAAGACUGUCAAGAAUCAGCCAGAAGGUUUUGGGGGUUAAAUCUCU